AUGGCCGACUUUCUCACUCGUGCGGUCGAGACAGUCAGGAAGGCGACAGAGGAGGAUACCAAAGGUCACUUGGAGGAAGCCCUGCCACUCUACCAAUCUGCUCUCGAGUACUUUCUGACAGCCCUCAAAUAUGAGAAGAACGAGCGUGUCAGGGAUACCGUAAGGAAAAAGGUGAUUGAAUACAUGGCCAGAGCCGAAAAGAUCAAGGAGCAUCUCGCCAAGCUGGAAGAAAAACCCAAGAAGAAGGCCAUGGCCGCAUCAUCCAACGGCGGCGGCGGCAAAGGAAGCAAGAAGAAGGACAGCGAUGAUGAUGACGAGGAUGAUGCGGAUACAAAAAAGUUGAAGGGUGCGUUGACAUCGGCGAUUUUGACCGAGAAGCCCAACAUCAAGUGGUCGGAUGUCGCAGGAUUGGAUGCCGCAAAGGAGUCUCUCAAGGAAGCUGUCAUCCUCCCCAUCAAGUUCCCCCACCUCUUCACAGGAAACCGUGUCCCCUGGAAGGGAAUCUUGUUGUAUGGACCUCCAGGAACAGGAAAGUCGUUUUUGGCAAAGGCAGUUGCAACAGAGGCCAACUCGACCUUCUUCUCAGUCUCGUCUUCAGAUUUGGUCUCAAAAUGGAUGGGAGAGUCUGAGCGGUUGGUCAAGCAGCUGUUCCAGAUGGCAAGAGAGAGCAAGCCGGCCAUUAUCUUUAUCGAUGAGGUCGAUUCAUUGUGCGGAACUCGUGGAGAGGGUGAUUCAGAAGCCUCGCGUCGUGUCAAGACCGAGUUCCUGGUUCAGAUGAACGGAGUUGGUAACGACAUGGAUGGAGUUUUGGUUCUCGGUGCCACGAAUAUCCCCUGGCAGCUCGACGCUGCCAUUCGUCGACGAUUCGAAAAGAGAAUUUUCAUUCCGCUGCCAGAGCCACAUGCCAGGUCCAGGAUGUUUGAGCUGAAUGUGGGCACGACGCCUUGUGUGAUGACUUCUCAGGACUAUCAGUACCUCGGUCAGAUCACGGAGGGCUAUUCUGGAUCGGAUAUUGCGAUUGCAGUACGAGAUGCGUUGAUGAUGCCUAUCCGUAAAGUCCAGGCGAGUACACAUUUCAAGUGGGUGGAUGCCCCCUCUCGAGCAGAUCCGGCGGUGAUGACCAAACAUUUGACGCCAUGCUCACCGGGAGACCCAGCAGCACUGGAGAUGAGCUGGGAGGAUGUUGAGGGUGAUCAGUUGCUGGAGCCCGCAUUGGGCAUGCAGGACUUUUUGAAGGCCGUCAAGUCUGUCCGGCCCACCGUUAGUGCGGACGACGUGGUUGAGCAUACAAAGUUCACACUGGAGUUUGGAACUUGUCCCUUACCUUCGCUAUCUAGGACGGUGAAACACCAACUCAAGCCUUUCGACAUCGAGUCCCCCGAGACUCUCGGCCACCUCAAGAGCAUCAUCAUCAAACACGAGAACCCGCGCUAUCUACGCGACCGUGUCACCUGCGCCUUCCCCAUCGACAUUGACCCACCCAAGACCAUCGACCACCUGGAUCAACUUAUAAAGGACGCAAACCCCAGCAGUCUGCGGGACCUCGAUGCUCGACUGAUCGAACUCUGGCGAGUCUCGAUCCUCAUAUCCAAUCGCCCAGAUACUAUGGAGGAACCGGUGGCGCUGGAUGAUCUGCCAAAGAAGAUGUUGCUGGGUCCUGCUCUAACUGUCGCGGAAGCGUUGGGGGUUAAUAAUUUGACUGAGAAGACUAUCCGUGUCACUGUGCAGCGAGGCGCCGGCGACAUAACCGCAGACGCCUUUCCUCUGGAUAUCGAAGCCUCCAAGACCGUCGAUCACCUCAAGGACCUUCGUCCUCACCAAGAACCCACUCACUCUGCGCUACAUCAACCCUCGCCAACUCCGACUCUGCGCGUGUCGAUCCCCCAUCCCGAGUAUUCUGGACUUUGA